UUGAUCGGAAGGAGAUCUGACAUUAGUAACUAGUGACGUUGAGCAGUCAACCAAGUAGUAAAGCAUGAGGUUAAAGCAUCAGAUACGUGUCGAGACGAGUGCGGACAUAUGGCAAGCACUUCGGGAUAAAUGCGAAGGUGACCUUGUAAAUGUCAUGGUGGGAUGCCUGGUUACGCUUCUCUGGAAGUACACCAAGGUUCCCGUGCACAUUUUGGAGGUGUGGAGGAAGGAUGGCAGAUCGAGUCGGGUGAAGUUCCGUAUCUCCCCAGACACAACCCUUGGCGAGAUCCUUGAAAUCAGCGCUACCUCUCUGCCUGCCACAGACUUUGAAAGUCUCGACUAUGUCCACGCCAAUGAUAAACACAGCGAGAGUCCUGAAUUUCUUGAGACCGCCUUGGCAGGCGGACUGAAAAUACGAUUCAAUGUAUCUGGUUCGCUCUCUACGUCAAUUAGUUUCAACCAACUCCUCGGCCACCGCGAACCGCAUACGAUUCAUAUCGCAGACCAUUGGAAUGCAUUGUUGCGGUUUAUUGCGAAAAACGACGGGUGGCGGGAUACGCCAGUUAAACAGAUUUCCAUUGUACACGGCAAGGAGCUGGAUCAAGUGAUGUCCAAGUGGACUACCAAUGUUCAUGGAACAACCUUGAAGUCGUAUGCAGAUGGACCUAAGCUGCUACACUCACAUUUUGACGCCUCCGCGAAACGAAACCCGAGAGGCGUUGCCUUGAGAUAUAUUGAUCACGACAGAAGAGAAGAACUGACGUACCGAGACGCCGCGCAUAUUAUCGCACGAGGCGUACGGGCAAUUUUGCGCCGUUUCCGCCAGUCGCAACCAUUAAGCCAAGAGCAUCUUGGCUCUGCGUCAAUGGAGCGAUACGUAGCUAUUUUCUUUCCGCGUGUUGGUAUGGAAGCCUACCUUGCCAUGCUUUCUAUCCUGAAAUCUGGCGCCGCUUAUGUUCCUAUCGAUCCUGCCUACCCACCGGACCGAGUGGCUUACAUCGUUGAGGAUGCCUGUGCAUCAUUACUGAUCACCACUCGGGCCAUGGAGCAAAUGGUCGAAGAGUCAGGAUUGCUUGGCACUGGCAAGUGCACUGUCGUUUUCUGGGAUGAAUUGCUCCAGGAGGUUCCAGUGGAAGGUACCACUGAAGAGGUGGCGAUAUCUCCAUCAGCUCCGUGCUAUUCUAUAUAUACAUCUGGGUCUACUGGGAAGCCAAAAGGUGUAAUUGUUGAGCAUUGCAACGCUUCCUUCCUCGUACACUCAGAGUCCGUUCUUUUUCCUCUGAAUGCCCAAGAUGUAGUCCUCCAGCCGUUUUCCAUUGCUUUUGAUGCCUCAAUCGAAUGCAUCUGGCUGGCCUUCCACAAUGCCGCGACCCUGCAUAUCCCGUCGGAAGUCGAUAUGAAAUCUGGACCCAUGCUCGCUGACUACAUUACAGAGCACAAUAUUUCGGUUCUUUCGACUGUGCCGACUUUAUUGUCCAUGAUAGACGAGGACAUGCCUACCUUAAAAUUAUUGAUCUUGGGUGGUGAAGCAUGUCCACCGGCGCUGGUAGAGAUGUGGGCUUCAAGGACUAGACUGGUAAACACUUAUGGACCUACGGAAGCAACCGUCAUCUGUACAUCAUGUGAUAUGCAGCCUGGGGUGCCAGUAACGAUAGGAAAGCCGAUACCGAAUUACGAGAUCUAUAUUUUGGACGAUGAGCUGCUACCUGUACCUAUUGGAAUUGCUGGAGAGAUCCAUGUCGGUGGAGACGGGGUUACUCGCGGGUACCGAAAUCGUGAUGACCUAAAUACUGAAAAGUUUAUUCCCAGCCCGUAUGGUCCUGGAAAACUUUAUAAAACUGGUGAUCUGGGCCGUUGGACGCCAGAGGGCGAUAUUGCUUACUUGGGCCGUGCCGAUGCCCAGGUGAAACUGAGAGGCCAUAGAAUUGAGCUCGGAGAAAUUGAAUCAGCCCUUGUCCGCUUUGGUCACCCAACCGUCCUUGCGUCCUGCGCUACCGUCCAGCAGAUUGAAGGUGUUGAUCACCUUAUCGCCUAUAUUAUCCUAGCUGAUCUCGAUGACGAGGAUAACGCGAGCCGAUGUGACUCGAACUCAGAGUCUGACACAGUGUAUGCUGAGGAUGUUGACAUCCAGGGUAUUCUCGGGCGAAUGAGGGCUACCUUACCUGGAUACAUGGUGCCAACCUAUGUGGAGGUAAUGAACGGUGAUUUUCCAACGCUUCCCAGCGGCAAGGUUGACCGGAAGAAACUUCCGGUGCCACCACCGCAUGUAAUAAAAGCCCGUUCUUCCAUGUCAUCGAUUCGCUCCCAGAGGAAGACACUAACUAAUCAAGGAUCGUUUGACUCCAUGAAUACUCUCUCUGCGGAGUCCCUGUUGGUAGAUAUGUUUACCGAGGAAGGAACCACCCCGACCGAGCGUAUGUUGCGCGAUGUGUGGUCUAAUAUCCUGAUGAUAGAGAUCACCACCCCCGAGGUGGACUUUUUUGCGCUGGGUGGCCACAGCGUCCUUGCUGCCCGACUAGUUUCCGAGUUGCGCAAGUCGCCGACAGUGAAAGGUGUUACUGUGCGUGAUGUUUAUACUGAACGCACGAUUAGGGGUCUUGCUGCAAGAAUCGAUACAUUAAAUGGCAAAACUGAAAUUGCGGUAAAAAUGAAGAACUCCAAUGGCCGCCAGUCGUCUCAGGAUGGGUCUGAAGAUGCCAGUGGUACAGAUGGGACGGUGGUGGACAUGCUUGGUUCACCCAGUGACAAAAAGGAGCUGCCCCAUGUGUUCCUACCCCACAUCGUUUCGUUGAUCCUAUUCUACGUAAUGGGGCAUAUUACCAGCUUCAUGUCGUUGAUCGGGUAUUACCUUUUUCUCGAGUUCAUGAAUCCGACGUAUUUCUCGUCCCGCUAUUAUGUGUUCCUAGUGGGAAUCGCUCUAUUUCCUGUCAUUCAAUUUUUGAUGUUCGCUGCUGCCAUUGGGUUAAAAUGGCUCGUUAUUGGAAAGUUCCGACCGGGAAAGUACAGAUUGUACUCGUUUUACUAUUGGAGAUGGUGGAUCGUUAGUCGUGUUACCGCAAUGGUUCCGGCUGCUUUCAUGCGUGGUUCACCCCUGCUUCGUAUCUAUUUGCGUUUGCUUGGUGCUAAAAUCGGGCGCAACGUUCACCUGCAGUCAGUUUUCGUAUCUUCGUUCGAUCUGAUCACCAUCGGCGAUAACACUUCAAUCGGGUCUGAUGCUCACCUAUACGGAUUUCAUGUCAUGAACGGUUAUCUGCACAUUGGACGGGUGACAAUUGGUGAAGGAUGCUACGUUGGUGCCCGCUCACAUUUGGAACCAAACACGUCGAUGGGCGAUCGGGCGCAGCUUGGCGAAUUAUCAUGUGUUGGAAUGGGACGGCAUAUUCCAUCGGGCGAGAGUUGGACUGGGUCUCCUGCUGAGCCUGUGGACCCAGCUUCCAUCCUUUGUGCAGAUAUGGUCAUCCCCCUCCGAAAAAGACGCAGCUGCUUUGGUCGCAUGUUUGAGGCCAUCGGUGACUUCCUGCACGCCCUCUUUUUCGUUUUCGCAUACUUCAUCAUGGCUAUCAUGAUGUUUGGGGCAUCUGUACCGAAUUUAAUUCUUUUGCUAUUCACCGGAAAUGUGAUAAGCUCAUGGACUAUGCGGAUGGCAAUCUAUAUACCAGUCAUGGGUCCAAUCUAUUGCGUUUGCAUUGCCUUUCAGCUGGUGAUUCUUAAGUGGCUUAUCGGUGGCCGUAUUCAACCUGGAGUCUAUAGCACACGAUCCUUCGCUUACUUCCGUAUAUGGUUCGUUGACAAAAUGGUCCAGACCUCGCUCAGCGCACUGGGUGGAAUGUACGCGACUCUGUAUCUUCCACCGUGGCUCUCAGCAAUGGGUAUGAAAGUGGGGAAGACUGUAGAAGUGUCUACUGCGGCGAACUGGACUCCGGAUCUCUGUACGUUGGGUGACAGGUCGUUCCUCGCCGACAACGUCUGCCUCGGCGCGCCUGUGUUUCAUGGUGGAAUGGUGAAAGUUAGCCACACGGAGAUUAGGGAGAGGUCUUUUGUUGGAAACAGCGGGCUCAUGCCAUCCGGUAGCACCAUUGGCAAGAACUGCUUGAUCGGCGUCAAUUCAGUGCCUCCUGCCAGUCUCGCAGAAUGCCAAAGCUCUCAAACGGUCUCCGAAAAGAACAAAGAACAUGGUUUCGUUGUGAAUGUGGAAGAAGUUAUACCACCUGGUUCCCGUUACGAUGUUCCCGACGGUACAUCUUGGCUUGGCUCACCAGCAAUGAACCUCCCCGCUCGCGCUUGUGCAGUGAAAAAAUUCAAAGAAUCGAAGACCUUCCAGCCGUCUCGCAAGCGUUAUUUGCAACGGUAUUUGAUCGAGUUCUUCAGGGUGACUGGUCCUGCCAUGAUUGAAGGAGGAACUUUGGUUGGCGCGUUCAUACUGGCCAUGUGGCUGGACCUGAGGUGGUGGCAUCUUUGGCUCUACUGGCCGCUCUUGCAUAUCGGUCGUGGAAUUUGCUUUUGUGCCUGUGUAUGGCUCGCCAAGUGGAUAUUGAUCGGCCGCUAUAUUGCUCAGGAACAGCCCUUGUGGUCCGUUUAUGUUUGGAAGGCCGAGCUUGUCAGCGGUUGGGAAGAAUUCGGCUGCAAUCCAGCUUUCGUCUCUGGUCUUCAGGGAACUCCGUGGAUAAAUCAUUGGUUUCGCUCUCUAGGUGCCAAAAUUGGUCGGCGCUGCUACAUUAACACGGUGUGGUUCUGCGAACCUGAUUUGAUUAGUAUCGGCGAUAACGUGUGCCUAAACACGGAUGUUGUCCUGCAAACGCAUCUGUUUGAGGACCGAAUUAUGAAGAUGUCACAUUUGCGUAUCGAGGACCAUGUGUCAAUUGGCGGCGCUUCAGUGAUUCUCUACGACUCAGUCAUUGAAGAAGGGUGUCAUGUUGAUUCGCUUUCGUUGGCCAUGAAAGGCGAAGUACUCAGUUCUUGGACGCAUUGGCGAGGGACGCCAGCCCAACCUGUUUUCCAGGGAUGAUGCGGAUUUCUGCAUAAUGCGACGCUGUAUUUGCUUUGUAUUACUCUAAUAGACACGCUUCACAAGAUCAA